AUACGGCGUUAGACCCAGCGGUCCCGCCUCGUUGCUUUUUGUUGUUGUUUUGGGGAACUAACCGACGGAGGCGCAGCAGGCCCAAACCCGAACAAAAACACGCCUACCCGCCGGUUCCCUGUCCGGUGGCAUGUGUCUAUGUAACCACGUUUGAACGGGUGUUUUAGUUUUGUCAGAUAAUGUUAUAAAUGCUUACACCUGCUUUUGCUUUGUCCUUCUGACGUUGCUGUUAUCCGAAUAGCUCGCUUGGUAGUAAGCAUUAGCUCUCAUGCUAACGUCCCCAUGCAUUCCUAUAGCGCUAAUGUUAGCUGUUCGCUUAUAGCGCUAGUCGACUAGCAUUAGCUCCUAGCCCAUUUUACAGCUAACGAGGUGACACGCGGUAUGUUUGGUGCUAACCGGAAGAAGUUUAUGGAGGGAGGGGUGGAGAGCGACUACGCUGAUGACUCCAGCCUCUACUACACCCAGCAGUCCAUGUUCCCUCCACACCGCGCUGACAAAGAUAUGCUGGCGUCUUCCUCUGCUUCCUCAACGGGUCAACUGUCACAGCUCGGAGCCAGCUUAUACGGCCCGCAGAGCACUCUGGGGUUUCCUAUGCGGGGUAUGAACAGCAGCACAGCACCUCAGUUAAGUCGAAGUGGCUUGAACCAGUCUGCCACUCAGCUCCCCAGUCAUGCCAGUACACCCAACACUGGCACGCUGCACACGCCUCCCUCACCGAGCAGGGGAAUUCUACCAAUGAGCAGCCGGAGCGUGUUGAACCACAGCCAGCAGGUGGGGGGUCCGACGGGCCAGACGGGCGGGAUGGUAGGAGGCGUAGGAGGAGAGAGGGGAGCCGGCGGCGUAGGAGCGGGGAGGAGCAGCAGCAUGGGGAGUCCGAGCCGGUCAUCACCCAGCAUCAUCGGCAUGCCCAAACAGCAGCAAGCACGGCAGCCUUUCACUAUCAACAGUAUGUCAGGGUUCGGGGUGAACAGGAAUCCAGGCUUCAACAUGAACAACUCCCUGUCCAACAACAUCUUCAAUGGCACAGACGGCAGUGAGAACGUGACGGGUUUGGACCUGUCGGAUUUCCCAGCCUUAGCAGACAGGAGUCGGAGAGAUGGAGGCUCGAAUCCCACCCCACUGCUCAACCCGCUGGCCGGUCGGGCUCCCUAUGUUGGCAUGGUAACCAAGCCGUCCAGUGAGCAGUCGCAGGACUUCUCCAUCCAUAAUGAAGAUUUUCCAGCUCUCCCUGGUCCAAACUACCAGACAAAAGACCCCACCAGCACCAACGAGGACAGCAAAACGGACUUCUUUUUCCCUCCGUUUCUGUCCAAUCAGAAUCUGAACUCUUCAGGAAAGCCCAACUCAAACUCAGAUGGUCCAAAGUUCCCUGGCGAUAAGAGCUCUGCGCCGAGCAACAACAACCAGCAGAAGAAAGGGAUUCAGGUGCUUCCCGACGGGCGUGUGACCAACAUCCCAGUCGGCAUGGUAACGGAUCAGUUCGGGAUGAUCGGCUUGCUGACGUUCAUCCGGGCGGCAGAGACGGACCCCGGCAUGGUCCACCUGGCACUGGGCUCUGACCUCACCACGCUCGGCCUCAACCUCAACUCGCCCGAGAAUCUCUAUCCCAAGUUUGCGUCUCCCUGGGCGUCGGCUCCGUGCCGACCGCAGGACAUAGACUUCCACGUCCCCUCAGAGUAUUUAACCAACAUCCACAUAAGGGACAAGAGUCAGUCUGCUUCCUGUCUGCAGUUAGCAGCCAUCAAGUUGUCUCGGUAUGGUGAAGAUCUGCUGUUUUAUCUCUACUAUAUGAACGGAGGAGACCUACUACAACUCCUGGCUGCAGUAGAACUGUUUAACAGGGACUGGAGGUACCAUAAAGAGGAGCGGGUUUGGAUCACUCGGGCUCCAGGUAUGGAGCCCACGCUGAAGACCAACGCCUAUGAGAGAGGGACCUACUACUUCUUCGACUGCCUCAACUGGAGGAAGGUGGCCAAGGAGUUCCAUCUGGAAUAUGACAAACUAGAAGAGCGACCUCACGUUCCCUCCACAUUCAACUACAAUCCUGCCCAGCAGGCCUUCUGAUUGGCUCUACCUCCUCCUGCCUGCCUGCCAUUGGCCCUCCUGGCCUGUCAAUCAUCACCCGUAUAGGUUUUUUUUUUCCCCCACCAUCACACACUCAAAGUGAAUCUAGCCAAUCAGGGCCUGGGACAGGAGAGGACGUCCUGGCUUCCAAACACUUUCCUGAACUGACUUUAUGAUUUUAACUUUUCUGAGUUUUGUUUCUUCUUUACCUCAUUUUCCGUCUUUUUUAUUUGGUUUCUCGCCCUCCUCCAUGAGUUUUGGUUUGGUUGGUCUGUUGAUGUGGAGCACAGACAGCACAGUACAGCACACACACCGACACAAGCAGUGUGAGUAACUGUCCACCUGGUCCAGUGAUUCACGUUUCUAUCCAGUCUUAAGAAUUGACUAUUUUUGUCUAGAGGAGCUUUUACAAACCAGAUUUUAACCCAGAAGCAAAUCACCCGUCAGGAUGGAGAAUUAUUUUACACUGUGUCACACCUCUGACCUUUGGCACAACUGAAAAUAUUUAGCAUUUCUUUAUUUUUACCAGGUUUUCCAGCAUUACAAAUCAGAAAACACACACACACCCAUCAGACAGUGGAGGGUCAGGAGAGGAAAUGCAAUGUACAUUGUAGCACUAUUUCAUAAUAAAAGAAGAAAAAAUA